AUGACGAGUGAUGCUGGAAUAUCCUUCCAACCGUGGAAAUACAGUUACGGAAAAUACAUCAAAAUCGGAAUGUUGACUUCGAAUGAUCGAUUUGAUCACACUGAAAAAGCAGCACCAGGUCGACACGAUGAUAAAUGCCUACGGGCUAUCACAGAUCUGACAAUAGGCGAAGAUAAGGAGGCAACCAAUAGGGAUGACACCGUUCCUAAUAAUCGUCCCUUGCACACCUAG